GAGAGUAUAAAUGCAUGUUUCCCGACUUGGUGAUCUUUACACUGAGAAGAUAUGUUGUUGGGGUCUUUCCUUCUAUGGUAGUAAACAAGUAGAGCUAGUCUUUGUUGGUUUCUGUACCUACUGCCUACUGGCUAGGAGGAGGGUAGAUAAGAUAAUAUGGAAGAAUAUGCUAACCCACUGUCUGUCACUCAUCUCCUUCAACACACUUUAAGAAGUUUAUGCAUGCAUGAAAAUUCUCAAUGGGUUUAUGCUGUCUUUUGGAGAAUUCUGCCAAGAAAUUACCCACCACCCAAAUGGGAUAUCCAAGGAGGAGGUUAUGAAAGGUCAAGAGGAAAUAGGAGGAACUGGAUACUAGCAUGGGAAGAUGGGUUUUGUAACUUUGCUGCUUCAGUGGCAUCUCAGAAUGACUUCGGCGAAUGCAUUGACCCAUCGUUGAUUUAUGGCAAUGGAGAAUUCCGGCAGCUUAAAGGCCUACAACCUGAGCUAUUUUUCAAAAUGUCUCAUGAAAUUUAUAGCUAUGGAGAAGGUUUGAUAGGAAAAGUUGCUGCUGAUCAUAGCCAUAAGUAUAUACAUAAGGAACACAAUGAACAAGAGCUUAACAUCUCAUCUGCAUGGCAUAACCAAGGAGACUCACAUCCAAGAACUUGGGAAGCCCAGUUUCAGUCUGGUUUAAUGACUAUAGCUCUGGUUGCUGUCAGAGAAGGAGUUGUUCAGUUAGGAUCACUUCACAAGGUUGUGGAAGAUUUGAACUUCAUUGUUCCACUUCAAAAGCAGUUCAAUUAUCUUGAAAGUAUUCCUGGUGUACUUUUACCACAUCCAUCAUCUAAUGCACUACCUGUGAAUCGUUUUAUGGCGCCGGAGACUUGGCCUGUCCUUGCAAUGAAUAAUACUAGUAUUGCGCCAGUACCACCGACGGCCUUAGAGUUCUACAAUGAUCAAUACAGCACUCAACCAGUUAAGAUAACUCCAUCAAUGAGUAGCUUAGAAGCACUUCUCUCUAAGCUCCCAUCAGUUGUUCCUGCGCAAUCCUUUCCAUCGCCAGGAUACUACGAUUCCCCACUGCCACAGUUUGUACAGUUACAGAAGCCUCCUUCAUUCAUGGAAACAAAGAAAUUGGCUAAAGAGGAGAUGUAUGAUUACGGUCAUGAUCAUAACAAUUUUACUUCAGUGCCUUGCCAUCAAAACAACACUGAAUGAAUCAUAAUUAGUCCUUGACAAAUGCGAUUCGGGUUAAAUGAUCGGAUACUUCAAAUUGGUGGCUUAAUUAUAUCUAACUCUUUACAGCUAGUUUUAUACUAGUAGUAUUAGUAAUUUGAGUGUCUUGUUUUUAAUCUCCUCCCUAUCCAUCCUGUAUGUUAACGUCAUUGCAGUACGUUAAGAUGUCAUAUUAAAUACAAGAAAUCUUAGGCUCUGUAUUCGAAGGAAAUCAGAGUGUUUGAAAAUUUUAAAUUAAAGUAACU